AGAUGUGGGAGGAGAAUAUGGGCAUCCUCGGUUCAUUCCUUCACUCGCCCCACUUCAUUUCUCUAGCAGGGACGUCCCGUUAACGGGAGGGCUGAAAGGGGAUAGCAAAUCGGCUGCAUUUUCUCUCUCUCCCUCUGCCAUUUUGAGAGAAACCUGUCGGCCUCGCAUAUUGGGAUUUCUGCUGUUUUAACGGAAAAUAAGAAUCAUGACCUGAUUGUUGUUAUUUCGGGAUUUGUGUAGAACUGUUUCAGCAGGGAAGACCCCUGUGGCGGAGUCUGAGGAUAACGUCAACAACAGAAGCAGGAAGUGCUGACUUGAACCUUGACACCAAACAACCAAAGCCAUGUGCUCCGUGAACAAUCCAAACUGGGUGACCUUCGAGGAUGAGGGGAGAACGUCUACGUCUCCUUCUUUUGCCUCAACCCCCUUGAAGAUCCCAGAGAGUGGGACAAAGUUGGCCGCAACACCCCUGAAGUCACCAGGGGCAAAGACAAGUUCACCCCCUUCCUUUGCCUCUACACCCCUGAAGACAGCCCCAGGUAGUGUGACAACGACAGGGUUAAAGACAAUCCCCCGUCCCAAUGGACUAAAGCUGAUACUGCCCCCAGUGGGAGAUCCAUCCUGGAUCUUCAGCAGUUCCCUUGAAUCCAGCUCCCCUCCAAUGCACUUUAACCUCAAUGGAAGUUCCUGUGUGCCCUGCAACACUCCUCUUUGCACUCCGGUGAGGGAGGUUCCUCCUACCGGCGCGUUACCUUUCCAUUGCAGGCCCUGGGAUCAGCACGAUUUCUUCAGUAGUUUUUCCAGUUCAUCCUCUGCCUCUGUGCCUUAUUCUUCUUCUCCCCCUGGCCCAGACCAGGCCACCACUACCGGCACCACCACACAUCUCCAGGGUGACGUCUCUGUCUCCGAUGGCCCCAGUACCUUCCCCUCCUUCCAGGGGGACCCGGGACAUUUCAACCCAUUCUGGGAGGGGGCUGGUGGGCAUAGCGUGGACUCUGGGAGCUCAUCUUCCGACUCCGAGGCUGGAGGUUCUAGUCUGCCUCGCUUCUUCAUUCGGACGAAAGACGGCAACGAGCCUCCUCGACCAGACCACCUCCAGAGCUCCUACUCCUACAUCUGCCACAAGCUGGAGGGCCUGCGGGCCGAGGAAGACAAUGACACAGAGGAAGGAGUAGGGAUGGAGAGGGGGGAGAGGAGAGGAGUAAGAGACAGGGAGGCAGCCAAGGAGGGACCAUCCCCAGCCUUUGUCUCUCACGGUCUGUUCCGUAGCGAGAAGAGAGACGGCUGGUCUUUAAUGCUGAGGAUCCCAGAGAAGAAAAACCGAAUGUCGUCCCGACAGUGGGGCCCCAUUUACCUGCGUCUGCUGUCUGGAGGUGUGCUCCAGAUGUACUAUGAGAAAGGACUGGAGAAGCCCUUCAAAGAGUUCCAGCUGCAGCCUCACUGCAGGUUGUCAGAUCUCAAGCUAGAAAGCAAUGGAGAGCCUCGCAAGAUCCAGACAGUUAAGGUGGAGCACGUGUCUUACACAGAGAAGAAGCGCUACCACCCCAAGCUGGAGGUGUCCCACGAGGCAGAGGUGGAGCAGCUGCUGAAGUUUGGAACCACGGAACACGGCGACAUGGAGGACCUUUUCGAAACUAUGGAGGAGGAGCUUCUCAGGCUGGCGCCGCCGCUGUUGCAGAAACGGCACUACGACGAACAGGAGAUGACACUGCAGAUCACAGACCACCUCUGGGUGCAGCUGGACAAGGACGGUGUAUUGAUGGACCGGGCGGCCAUGACGAGGAUCCACUGCCUGGCGUUCCUCAAUGGGCCAGUGGAGUGCUUCCUGGCUCUCAACGACUUGGGGCUUCUCCGCUUCGACGCCAGCUACGGCUCUGGCUCAGAGGAGGAUGACCUCCUGGAGGGCUGGAUGGAGAUCAGUGACUGCCACUUCCACAAGUGCAUCAACGACUUGGAGUUCCACAGGUCUCGGCUGCUCAAGUUCUCUCCUCCGGAUGCCUGUAGAGUAGAACUGAUGCGCUACAAGACAUUAGCCCUGGGAAGUACCGAGUUGCCCUUCUCCGUCAAAGCUGUGGUGACUGUCCAAGGGGCCUACGUGGAACUCCAAGCCUUUCUCAACAUGUCAGCCAUCUUCCCGUCAUUUAUCAGCGUGUCGGAGACUCAGCCACUCUGCGAGAAUGUCCUGAUCCGUGUGCCGGUACCGGGGGACUGGGUGAAGUUGUCGCGUACAGUGACGUUGCUACGACGUAAGUCACUGACGGCCAGGAUGAACCGGAACGCGUGUCUGGGGUCAGUCAGCGCUUCAGAGUCACAGCCAGUCAUGCAGGUUACCGUGGGGACGGUGAAGUAUGAGAAUGUGUACUCAGCCAUCGUGUGGAGGAUCGACAGACUGCCUGCUAAGAACAUGGCAGUGGACCAUCCCCAUACCUUCUCCUGUAAAUUAGAGCUUGGUUCAGACCAGGAGAUCCCCAGUGACUGGUACCCGUUUGUCACAAUGGAGUGUGACAUGGUGGGGGCCGUGGUUUCACAGACCAGAGUGACGUCACUGGGCACAGAGAGUGACAUUCAGCCUCAGAAACAUGUCACCAGUAGGACCCACUAUCAUUGUCAGGUAGAAAUUGAGAAGAAGUGGAUUGAGACAGAAGCACAAGGGCAAUCAGGCUGCACAACACAGUAAUGAUUAUGAUCAAGGAAGUCUUAAAGGAUCAAGUCUCACAUUACCAUACUCCCAAGUCUCGUUAGUCGUAAGGAAGCCUGGAAUUGAGGCUAUACACUAGAUGCCUAUUUCCUUGGUCCAAGACAUUUUUGCCAACCAAACUCAUCCUCGCUGUUUCAAUACAAGGACAAAUGUUUGAAAGGGACAUAAUCUACAUGUGGCUGAUGAACAAUUGUGCUUUUAUAUUUUGUGUUCGUGGUGUAUACUUUAUCACCUUUAAGUCUGUCAUAAUAUUGUUUGGUCCUAUUGUACUCCUGUAUGUAUGGAUAUUAACAUGUUGUAUAUCCUGGGUGCCAGACAUGACAAGAGAGCAGAAACAGACUGGCAGCCAGGCUAGUUCUAACCUGCACGGUAGAAUAGAAUUAGGCUACAACAAACAAAUAUAUUAUGAUUGGAAGAACAAACAACCGAACACACAGCCCUACCAUCACAAUGCACUUUACAUUUCUCUCAAAAGAUUAUUCAUUGUGAAAUGACAGGCGGUUGAAGAAGCUCUCUUUAUAAAAGAGUAAAUACCACAUAUAAUCUUGUAGGCUUGUAUUUAACACACUCAAAAGGACUGGUUUUCCAGACACAGAUUAGGCACAGGAGGCUGCUGAGGGGAGGACAGCUCAUAAUAAUGGCCAGGAAUGGAGCAAAAGGAAUGGCAUCAAACACAUGGAAAAUAUGUGUUUGAUACCAUUCCACCUAUUCUGCUACUGCCAUUACCACAAGCCCGUCCUCCCCAAUUAAGGUGCCACCAACCUCAUGUGAGAUUAGGCUAAAUCUAAUCCACUGUAGCUCAGUUGGCAGUUGCAACGCCAGGAUAGUGAGUUUGAUUCCCGGGACCACCCAUACAUAAAAUAUACUGUAUGCAUGCAUGCAUGACUAAGUCGCUUUGGAUAAAAGCAUCUGCUAAAUGGCAUAUAUUAUUAUUAUAUAAAAAGCACCUUCAAUGUAGAUUCUCAAUUGAGCUUGCUUUUCGGUCCAGGACAAGGCUCGAUCUGUCUCUGGGAAACAACCCAUAGUGUUUCCAAAAACUAUCUGGAAUGAAUUUCCAAUUAAGACAAUUAGGCUAAUUAUAUAAAUGUCCUGUCAUUUGUUGACUAGCUAGCUGACCAUGGUCCUUUUGCACAGCUAAGCAUGUGCACUCAUCUAUUAUUCUAUAAGUCAAUCUCAUUGACUUAUGGUUAUAUGAAGUAGCCCUCAUACAUUAUGGUCCCAUGUACUUGCCACGCCAGGGUUGUGGGUUCGAUUCCCACGGGGGGGACCAGCACGAAAAUGUAUGCACUCACUACUGUAAGUCAUUCUGGAUACGAGUGUCUGCUAAAUGACUAAAAUGUAUUACUAAUUACAAUAUUUCAGAGGGGGCUCUAGAGAUGCAGCAAUGGUCUGCGUUCACUAAAGAAACUAUAUAACUACAUUUAUUAAAUGUGUUGUAUGUGUAUAUGAAUUAAGUGGUAGUUAUUAACAAAACAAAUUAAAGAUAUCUGCAUUUUAUGCCUGUGUUUGUGAAAUGGUAGAGGUGUAGAUCAAAAGUUGCAACCUGGUCUCAGAGCAUUUUGUAUUAUUUUGAUAGUAAAUCCAGGACAAACCAUUUAGCAUGAUACGUUAUGUUUCAUGUGAUAUGCAUUCAUUUGCGGAUGUCCAUCAUACAUUUACGGGGUUCGUACAGACAAUGGCAAGUCAAAUUCAAGGACUUUCAAGUACUUUUUCAAGCACUAGUAUUUAUUUUCAAGGACCAUCCAUUUGUAAUAGUUCCUAUUAUGCAAUUGUUCUAGUCACCACCAGAUAGCAGUAUAUUGCCACAAUCUUGUAAAAAAAACGAAAAACGUACUAUUCAUCACUACCUUACAAGUUCUACUCAAUAAUACGUGUUUCACUACUUAUUUACUACAUACAUGAGUGAUAUGUCUGUACUGAUGAUGUUGACUUAAGUCAGUAAAAUCUUUGAAAUUGUU